UAACCUACUGACAGACAGUAGUUGCUAACCAUAAGUCACACUACAGAAGGUUAUCAAGUUGUUUAUGCAAGUUGUGUGUUGUUAGUGUUGUUAUAGGUAAUAUUCUACGUUGAAUGUGUUAAAUAUAACCUCAAAGAUUCGCACCGAAGCCAAGUUUCAAGUUUCUGGUUCAUAAACAACAUUUCAUACGUAAUUUAAGCGAGAGGAGCCAACUACACAAAGUCGUCUGUUCAACUUCGGUGUAGCGUCAACAGAGGAUAGAAGUGAGUCCAGGCAUGGGGAUAAUUUCAUGGCUUGCGGUAACGUUCAGCGUCGUCCUAAUCUUAAUUGGUGUUUUGUAUCUAUAUUUAAAUGUGGCAUUUUUAUAUUGGAGAAAAAGGAAUUUUCCUUAUCUGAGACCGACUUUUCCUUUCGGGAACCUUGGAGUACUUUUAACAAGACUGAAGAGUAUGGGAGAAGUAUACGCUGACAUUUACAGACAGAUGAACGGAAUGAAAUUUGGAGGAGUUUAUCUGAUGCACCGUCCACAGUUUAUUGUCAGGGAUCCGGAAAUGAUCAGGAAUUUUCUUAUUAAAGACUUCGAAUAUUUUCAUGACCAUGGAUUUGUCUUCGACGAGAAAAUCGAUCCCCUAACUGGUAAUCUGUUCAUGUUGACCGGAAAGAAGUGGAAGGAUCUUCGAGCCGUUUUGUCUCCUACGUUCAGCUCCGGUAAAAUGAAGAUCAUGUUCGAAACAAUGGUAGAGUGCGGACAAGGGUUGACGGAGUUUCUCGACGAAUAUGCGUACUCUAAAGAUAACGUCGAGAUGAAUGAAGUUGUCGCAAAAUUCACGACAGAUGUGAUCGCGUCCUGUGCUUUUGGUAUUCAAUGCAACUGUCUGAAGCAUCCGGACGCAGAAUUCAGACGAUGGGGGAAACGGAUGAUAGAACAGUCUUUGAUGGAAUCUAUCAUAGGGAUUCUGUACGUUCUUGUGCCAUCUAUCCCAAUCUUCUUUAAUCUGCCCCUGACUUCGAGGAGUGUAUCAGCUUUUUUCCGGAAGGUCGUCAGAGAAACAAUUGAAUUCAGGGAGAAAAAUGCUGUCAAACGGAAUGAUUUCUUACAACUCCUGAUUGACCUCAAGAACCAAAAACGGGGAAAGGAAGAUAAACCUGGUUUCACGAUGGAUGAAAUAACUGCGCAAGUAAUUGUCUUCUUCGUUGGAGGUUUCGAUACAACUUCUGUGACAAUGAGCUUUUGUUUGUAUGAACUUGCAAUGAACAUGGACGUCCAGACGCGUCUGUCAACUGAGAUAAAUACGGUGCUGCAGCAAUAUAACGGUAGAGUCACAUAUGAAGCCAUAAAGGAGAUGAAAUAUUUGGACAAAGUUGUGUCAGAGACACUGCGCAAAUAUCCACCAGUAACAUUCCUGAACCGCCACUGUACCAAAGACUACAACAUUCCUGAGACUGACCUCGUCAUUGAGAAGGGAGUCCAGAUGGUUGUGCCUGUCUUGGGGCUGCACAAAGACCCGGAGUACUUCCCCGAUCCAGAAAAAUUCGAUCCUGAGAGAUUCAAUGAGGAAACAAAAUCUCGUAGGCCAAACUACGUGUACCUGCCUUUUGGGGAUGGACCCAGAGUUUGUAUAGGAAAACGGUUUGGUGUAAUUCAAACCAAAGUGGGACUCGUGUGUCUGCUGUCAAAAUAUGAAUUCCAAGUUUGCGAUAAAACUGCAGAUUCUUUGAAAAUAGACCAGAGAAAAUUUAUCAUGACACCAACUGAAGGAGUGUGGCUUCAAGCCCGUUACAGAUCAGAUCCGUUUUAAAUCUAAUCCUUUUUCUACCCUUAACAUAGGUAGUGAUUAACUUAUGACGCUUUAUCAGCUGCAUAUGGUAUUUAUAAAAUGUGAGCUGAGAGGAUGAUUAUCAAACCUUGGAAACUAUGAAAAGGGUAUGAAAAAUAAGUUUCAUUGCCACACGUAUUAUCCAUUGUUUGCCUAGAAGUGGUAUUUAAAACUACACGAAACCUGUCAUGGCUGGUAUAUGGAUUAAAAAUCAAAAGUUAUGGUCUACUAAAGCCCUGUCAAUAAUACUACAUAACCUCAAAAGCUUCAUUAACAUUGUUUGCGUUUAUUUAUAACUGUAAUUAACAUAUGAAGGAACAUAACCAUCAGUUUCAAAUUAUUUGGGCGUUGGUUUAAACUGGGAAAUGUUUAAUUGAUAUAUAUGUUUGCUACCAAUUACAAAUAAUAAGAAAAUAUGUACAUAUGGGAUACAGAACGUAAGUAUGAAAAAUGGAGAAAAGUUAAACAGAAAUUCACUUAUUACUAACCACAAAAAUGUUAAUGUCAGUCUUCAUUGAACAAUACGUGUUGAAAUCACAAUUAUUAUUUCUGUAUAUAAGAAUAAAGGCCAAAUAUUAACUUCCUGUCAGAGAUAAGCCAAUUAAUUUAACAUAAUUAUAUUAAGGGUUAAAUUUUUAUGAUUAAAUAUGAUUCUAUAUAGGCCUGCAAAAAUCACAGAUGUAAUAUAUAACUUUUAUGAAUUCUGUCUUCGAUGCACUUAUCUGAAUUACAUCAAAAUAUAAAAGGUAAAUGAUAUCCCAAAAUUUAUAUUAUAGGGUGAGGGGUAUCUGUUGUGAAAUCUAUUUCAGUCCAAGAAUAAAUAAUUUUGAUUACGUUCGUGGAAAUCUCAGACUCUAAUAAAAAUACGAACAUCGGUCUGUAAAUAUUUAUUGCCAUAAGAAUUAACUAAGAUAUUUGAGAUAAGUUUGACACUCAAAUAUUCCAUAUCAAGACUCUUAAUACCAUGUCAAAGGCACUUAAUAAUAUGCAGUAUUACAUAAAUUAAUUAUAAGAAUAAAGAAGCUUUACAGUUUCUAAGACAUAAGAAUUUAAUGUAAUUACAAAUGCCGAUAACAACUAUAAUACGGCAAAAUACUGUGUACUUUGGUGUGUUCAAAUAUAUUCCAUUGUAACUGUCAGUUGUGGUUCGGAAACACGUAACGAGUUAUAUCGGGCAUGGCGUUCUAACUGCAACUUUGUGAUAUUAGUUUCUUUAAAAUGUUUCAUCUCUUUCAUUGUCAUUAACUACGAAAGAACGUUAAACCAGAGAACAUAUAAUAGCGCUUGUUAGUUUAUAAGUCGAUGGAAAUAUUAGCCAUUUUUACUUAUAGGUGGAAAGGCCUUCAUAUUGAAUGAUUUUGUGCAGAGCCAUGUUGAUAGCACAUUAAAUUAUAUAUAGUUACACUUCAUGUAAUUAAAGUAGAAAAUUAAACAAAUUUGGUAACAUGGAUUUAUACAGGGAAUAUUUUCCGAACGUUAUAAUAUAAAAUGUUAGUUAAGAAUAAUUCUUAGAAUAUAAAGUGUUUUAAUAAAUUCUUUCUGUCAAUAAGAA